AUGCUUGGUGUUUUGCGUCCAGGUGGUACAAUCUGCUUAAAGUAUGCCGGAUAUGACCAUUUCGUCGCGACCGUCUCCCACCAUUACGAUCUUCUGCAGCGUCGUGAGACCACACAACAGUACCUCGAGUUUUCCGGAGUGACCAGCUCGCAAUUUGAAACCCUCUCUUCUGAUCGGACCCGUCCGUGCAAAUUCAUCAGACUCGGCUACCAUUAUCCUUCUCAAGUCCUGCUUGUCAAAAUUAUGCCAGGUUGGGAUCAUGAGGAAAUUGCGGGCUUGUUUAGGAUGAUGAUUGACGAGCAAUUAUUCUCGAUGCAGCUCAGCCGCGAGUUUAUCGUUAUGCAAUCGCCAAUCAACAGGCUUGGAGAUUGGGCCAAGGAGCCCGACAUCUGCUGGGCGCCGCGGGCCACUUCCUCUAGCCUCACCUGUGUAGUCGAGGUCGGAACCUCAGAGUCCGCGUCGCAGCUUGCUAUUGACGCUCGGGGCUGGCUGGAGACACCAGGGGCCACCGUGAGGGCGGUCCUCACGAUCUCACUCGAUUUCAACGAUUUGAUAACGAUUGAAGUUUGGGAGCUGGGCAAUAGAGCCUCUGCCAUCGGUACCCGCAAUAUGCCAAGCUCUGCGUCCCGAAUCUGGUCCAUACAGAUCUCACGUGCACCUGGAGCAACAGUACCUACGAUUUCUGGCUAUUUAAGAGAUCCUAUCACGCAAGCCGCCACUCCGACAGAUGAGAUUCGUCUCGAUUUUGAUAUGUUCGUUGGCCGCCAAGCGGCAGGAAUCAAGGAAGGCGAUGUCAUACUGACGAAGGACCUGUUGGUCGAAUUUGCAAAAGAUUUUUGGGAGCUGCGUCGGCAGCGACAGCUUCUAGAAAACCUCAGAAUGAAUUAA